GCCGCUACGUUUUCUACUGCCCAUUAUUUUCUGAAUGGUGCUUGUGAGUGCUGGUCGGCUAUUUUUUUCCUCUUGUACAUCGCUCAUCCGUAGAAGUCUUAUCGCCAGAAUGGGCGAAGCGCAAGGAUUGACGGAUAAGGAAGCAAAGGAAUUGCUUAAGCUUACCGAUGCCGAAACGAAGGACUAUAUUUUUCAACAAACCAUGUACCGUAUUAAGGACCCCCGAGCUUCGCUUCCGUUUUACAAUGAUGUUCUGGGAAUGAACUUGCUUUGCAAAAUGGAUUUUCCGGAAGCACAGUUUUCCUUAUAUUUUAUGGGAUACGAGGAUAUUGCUGAUCAGCCUUCCGAUAAGAAGGAAUGCAUUCAAUGGGCCAUGAGUCGCAAAGCGACGCUGGAAUUGACGCAUAACUGGGGUACGGAAGCCGAUCCGGACCAGAAGUACCACAACGGUAAUGCCGAACCGCGUGGUUACGGUCAUAUUGGAAUCAUGGUCCCAGACGUUGCCAAAGCUUGUGCUCGGUUCGAUAGGCUCGGUGUCGAGUACAUUAAACGUCCGGAGGAAGGGCGCAUGAAGGGAUUGGCUUUCAUCAAGGAUCCCGACGGUUAUUGGAUCGAGAUUUUCAACGCUUCUAAAGUGGCGGGAACGUGAAGUGGCAAAAAACUGAUGAGGACCGGUUUUAAAGUAUGCAGGAAAAAAAGACAAACCAGUGGAUACAGGAACGAAGCUUUUCUUUUUGUCUUGAGCAAAUGUAUUGAAAUCAAAUGAUAUUCUGCCUUAUAUUUAUUAGAGUAAGCUUUCGUCCUUCGGACAAUAAAGAUGUGUAAGUUGAAACUCAAUCAAUUGCAAUUAUUUUCGA